ACCCUUGCGCGGCAGGGGCGGCGGCGGCCGGGAGCACAACCCCAAUCCUCUGGGACCGGCCGGGUGGGCGGGAGGACGGACGCGGGACGCAGGCACUGGAGGAUCUGCGCUGGAACGCACUUUUCUCCGGCCAGAGAGACUUUGCAAGGGAGUGGAGAAUAGUUUGGGGUGUGGUUUCGCACCAUUUCCUCCUCCCCACCCGCGGACCCCUUCUAAGAGCUUUCCGAGAGCUUUCAGAACUACGCUGGGAAGUUUAAAGAGCAUAGAGGAGCUUGUGCUGUAGGCAGGGACAAUGGAAGAAAAUGAAAGCCAGAAAUGUGAGCCGUGCCUUCCUUACUCUGCAGACAGCAGACACAUGCGGGAACAAGGAAAAAGCAAUUUGCAUGUAACGUCUUUAGAAGAUGCAGAAUGUCGCAGAACCAAGGAACGCCUUUCUAAUGGGAACAGUCGAGUUUCAGUUUCCAAGGCUUCCCGAAAUAUCCCAAGGAGACACACCCUAGGUGGGCCUCGAAGUUCCAAAGAAAUACUGGGAAUGCAAACAUCCGAGAUGGACAGGAAGAGAGAAGCUUUCCUGGAACAUCUAAAGCAGAAAUACCCUCACCAUGCCACAGCAAUCAUGGGCCACCAGGAGAGGCUGAGAGACCAGACAAGAAGCCCCAAACUGUCUCACAGUCCUCAACCUCCCAGUUUGGGUGAGCCGGUCGAGCAUUUAUCAGAGACAUCGGGUGAUUCCUUGGAAGCCAUGUCUGAGGGAGAAGCUCCAAGUCCUUUUUCCAGAGGCAGCCGGACUCGAGCGAGCCUUCCAGUGGUGAGAACGACCAACCAGACGAAAGAAAGAUCUCUGGGGGUUCUCUAUCUGCAGUAUGGAGAUGAAACCAAGCAGCUCAGGAUGCCGAAUGAAAUCACAAGUGCAGACACGAUCCGGGCUCUCUUCGUAAGUGCCUUUCCACAGCAGCUCACCAUGAAAAUGCUGGAGUCGCCCAGUGUCGCCAUUUAUAUCAAAGAUGAAAGCAGAAAUGUGUAUUAUGAAUUAAAUGAUGUAAGGAACAUUCAGGACAGAUCGCUCCUCAAAGUGUACAACAAGGAUCCUGCACAUGCGUUCAAUCACAUGCCCAAAACUGUGAACGGAGACAUGAGGAUGCAGAGAGAAAUUGUUUAUGCAAGAGGAGAUGGCCCUGGUGCCUCUCGACCUGGAUCCACAGCUCAUCUACCCCACGCCAUUCCAAAUUCUCCGCCUUCCACUCCUGUCCCCCAUUCCAUGCCGCCCUCCCCAUCCAGAAUUCCUUAUGGGGGCACCCGCCCCAUGCUUGUUCCUGGCAAUGCUACCAUCCCCAGGGACAGACUCUCCAGUCUGCCAGUCUCCAGAUCCAUCUCACCUAGCCCAAGCGCCAUUUUGGAAAGAAGAGAUGUAAAGCCAGAUGAAGACAUGAGUGGCAAGAACAUUGCGAUGUACCGAAAUGAGGGUUUCUAUGCUGAUCCUUACUUGUAUCACGAGGGACGGAUGAGCAUAGCCUCUUCCCAUGGCGGGCACCCACUGGAUGUCCCUGAUCACAUCAUUGCAUAUCACCGCACAGCAAUCCGGUCAGCGAGUGCUUACUGCAACCCUUCUUUGCAAGCAGAAAUGCAUAUGGAGCAGUCAUUGUACAGGCAGAAAUCUAGGAAGUAUCCAGAUAGCCACUUGCCUACGCUGGGCCCCAAAACACCCCCUGCCUCUCCUCACCGGGUCAGUGACAUGAGAAUGGACAUGCACGCUCAUCAUAACGCCCACGGGCCCCCUCACACCAUGCAGCCAGACCGGGUCUCGCCCAGCCGCCAGGCCUACAAAAAGGAGGCAGGCACCUUGGUGUAUAUUGAAAAGCCACGGACUCCAGGACUAUCCGGAAUUGUGGACCUUGGCCCUCCUCUAGUGGAGAAGCAAAUGUUUGCUUACAGCACUGCUACGAUACCCAAAGACAGAGAGACCAGAGAGAGGAUGCAAGCCAUGGAGAAACAGAUUGCCAGUUUAACUGGCCUUGUGCAGUCUGCGCUUUUUAAAGGGUCCCUCACAAGUAAUAGCAAAGAUGCAUCUAGCGAGAAAAUGAUGAAAACUACAGCCAAUAAGAGCCACACAGAUAGUGCAGGAACUCCCCAUGUCUCUGGCGGGAAGACUCUUGGCACCCUGGAGUCCACAGGGCCGUUCAGCCAGCCCCUGCCCCCCAGCACCUCGGCUGUCCACCUGAGCCUGCUCGACAUGAGGCGGAGUGUGGCAGAACUCAAGCUCCAGCUGCAGCAGAUGCGACAGCUCCAGCUGCAGAACCAGGAGCUGCUGAGGGCAAUGAUGAAGAAGGCUGAGCUGGAAAUCAGUGGCAAAGUGAUUGAAACAAUGAAGAGACUAGAGGAUCCAGUGCAACGUCAGCGUGUCCUGGUGGAGCAAGAGAGACAGAAAUACCUGCACGAAGAGGAGAAGAUCGUCAAGAAGUUGUGUGAGCUGGAAGACCUUGUUGAAGACUUGAAGAAGGACUCUGCAUCGGCUGCCCGAGUGGUCACUCUAAAAGAUGUGGAAGAUGGGGCUUUCCUUCUGCGACAAGUGGGAGAAGCUGUAGCUUCCCUGAAAGGAGAAUUUCCUACCUUACAAAACAAGAUGCGAGCCAUUCUGCGCAUAGAGGUGGAGGCAGUGCGGUUUCUGAAGGAGGAGCCGCACCGGCUGGACAGUCUCCUGCAGAGAGUGCGGAGCAUGACCGACAUCCUGACCAUGCUGCGGAGACACGUCACCGAUGGGCUCUUGAGAGGCACAGAUUCAGCGCAGGCUGCACAGUAUGUCGCUAUGGAAAAGGCCACCGCCGCGGAGGUCCUGAAGAGCCAGGAGGAGGCACCACAGGCCUCAGGCCAGCCCCCCCAGGGCACAGCAGUCCCUCGAGACGUGAAGGCCGAUGUGGUACCCUUGACGGUCCACCGCGCACAGAGCUCUCCAGUGCUCAUCCAGCCCUCCCAGCUCUCCUCUGCCUUGCUGACCCCUGCCCAGCACUCGCCUGGAGGGGCUGGUCCUCAGCCAACCAGCCCUCCAGCCAUCACACAGGAAGUGAGCUCCACUCUGCAGUCAGCACAGGCAGCGCAAUGCCCACAAGCACCCGUGAAUGGUGCCGCCAUGCAGAGCUUGUUCAUUGAGGAAAUCCACAGUGUCAGUGCCAAGAACAGGGCAGUGUCCAUUGAGAAAGCAGAGAAGAAGUGGGAAGAGAAAAGACAAAAUCUGGAGCACUAUAAUGGGAAAGAGUUUGAGAAACUCCUAGAAGAAGCUCAGGCCAAUAUCAUGAAGUCCAUUCCAAACCUGGAGAUGUCACCAGCCUCAGGCCCGCAGCUGAAGGGCGAUGCUUCCACGGACAAGCUGGAACUUGCAGAAGACUCUCCAAAUUCAGAACAGGACUUGGACAAGCUGGGGGGUAAGUCCCCACCACCUCCUCCCCCACCCCCGAGACGGAGCUACCUGCCAGGAUCAGGGCUCACCACCACCAGGUCCGGCGAUGUGGUCUACACCAGCAGGAAGGAGAACGCCACCACUAAGGCUAGCAGUGAAGAUGCUGGACCAAGCUCUCAGGCUAGAGCCACAAAAUGCCCAGCAGAGGAGCCUGCCUCAGCCUGGACCUGCUCCUCAAAGGAUGAGGAAGAAGAAGAAGAAGGAGACAAAAUCAUGGCAGAGCUCCAGGCAUUCCAGAAGUGUUCCUUUAUGGAUGUAAAUUCAAACAGUCAUGCUGAGCCAUCCAGGGCUGACAGUCACGUUAAAGACAGUAGGCCGGGGGCCACAGUCUCACCCAAGGAGAAGAAGAAGAUGCUGUGUUGUUCGACUGCAGCAGCUGACUCAUUGCACUCAUUUGGGGGCCUCAUGGAGGUUUUCAUGCAAACACAGGGCAUUUUUGGAAGUUGGCGAACAAAACAGCCCAAGAACUUGGAAUUUUCCCAUGAAGACAUACAGAAAUCUGAGGUUGAAUAUGAAAAUGACCCCCAAAUGGAAUCCCGAAAGCCUAUCGCAGGAGUUCUUACACCUGGUGGCCAUCCUAUGUGGGAAGGAGGAAUGGAGAAUAGUAUUUCUGAUGCCUCAAGAACAUCGGAAUGUCAAACUGACAUCUUAAUGAUGGAAAAUCCCAUAUCCAAUAAGAGUUUACUUAGAGACAGCAGAAACUAUUCCCAGAAAAAUGUGUCUAAGACCAGUUCUAGUUUCCCUGGCAUUAGUUCACUAGAAGAUGAAAUAAGCAAAGGGCCUAAAAUCUCAGGACUGCAGGACCCUACCUCUGACACUGAGAGUGAGAAGAUGAAUUACGUGAAGACAAAAGAGAUGAGUCAACAAGAUCAAGAAAACACAGAGAAGUGUCACCUGCUCUCUCCCACUAGAUCAACUGAAUUAGGUACUUGUGAUACCAAAACUCAAGAUCAACGGGUUCCUGUGACAGAGUGUGGCCAAGUUGUGCUGAGACACAAGGGAGCUUGGCAUGCUAAUGUGAAGUCUAAUGAGGACAGAGAAUCAACCCUAAGUGCUCCCAGUGAAGAAAGUGCACCCACAGACAACAUUGCCUUCAUGAUCACCAGGACUGCGGUCCAGGUUCUUUCCAGUGGGGAGGUCCACGAUAUAGUAAGCAAAAAGGGAGAAGAUGUGCAGACAGUGAAUAUUGAUGCCAAAAAAGAGACGACUUCCCAACAAGAAGGGAAUGAACACGAAGCGCCGGUUGUCUGCCUAGAUAAGAAACCAGUCAUCAUCAUUUUUGACGAACCCAUGGAUAUCCGGUCUGCAUAUAAGAGACUUUCAACCAUAUUUGAGGAAUGUGAUGAGGAAUUAGAGAAAAUGAUGACAGAGGAAAAGAUAGAGGAGGAGGAAGAGGAAGAAAAUGGAGAUGCUUUGGUCCAGAAUAACACCUCCCAAAAGUCUCACAAGGUUGUGUCAGGCAGCCCCGGAUCAGGACUGAAGGCCGAGAGUCGACUGCGGCCACACCUCCUCUUAGAAGGCACCAAAGUAUCGGGAGGACAGGAGAUGAAUGAGACCGAUCUGCCUACGUGCAGCCAGGCAGAUUCUCCAAGUUCAGACAGCAAGUGUGACGUGACAUAUGACCAAUUUGAAAGCCCCAAGAAAAAGUUUAAGUUCAAAUUCCCUAAAAAGCAGCUUGCUGCUCUCACUCAAGCCAUUCGCACGGGAACCAAAACGGGGAAGAAGACUUUGCAGGUGGUCGUCUAUGAAGAGGAGGAAGAGGAUGGCACUUUGAAACAACACAAAGAAGCUAAGCGAUUCGAAAUUACUAGGUCUUCUCAACCUGAGGACUCUCCCCAAAAUAGGCUCAAGAGACAAGAGCAGCCCAGUCUAGACAGCACAUCUCCCAUUUCAAGAACUGAUGAGAUUAGGAAAAAUACCUACAGAACACUGGACAGCCUGGAGCAGACCAUCAAACAGCUUGAAAAUACGAUCAGUGAAAUGAGUCCAAAAGCCCUAGUUGAUACCUCAUGUUCUUCCAACAGAGAUUCUGUUGCAAGCUCAACCCACAUAGCCCGGGAGGCCUCUCCCCGAUCCUUGCUAGUUCUGGAAGAAGCUCCCACUGCCCUAGAGCUCCCCUCAUCAAUACCUUCAGCUUCACGUAAGGCCUCCAGCGGGACCCCACAGACCAGCAGGAUGCCAGUCCCCAUGAGCUCCAAGAAUAGACCUGGAAGCCUGGACAAACCUGGCAAGCAGACCAAACUGCAGGAUCCCCGCCAGUAUCGUCAGGCUAAUGGAAGUGCUAAGAAAGCUGGUGGGGACUGUAAGCCUACUUUCCCCUCCUUACCUGCUUCUAAGAUUCCAGCCCUUUCUCCCAGCUCUGGGAAAUGCAGUUCUCUGCCCUCUGCUAGUGGUGACAGCUCUAACUCCCCUAAUCCAACUGCUUCUAAACCAUCGGUUACUUCUAACCCUCUCAGCCCCCAAACAGGACGAUCUGCUCCCUCUGCCUCCCUCAUCCCCUCUGUCUCUAAUGGCUCCUUGAAGUUUCAGAGCCCCACUCACACAGGUAAAGGUCACCAUCUUUCAUUCUCACUGCAGACUCCAAAUGGCCGAGCAGCCCCUUCCUCCUGCUCCUCUUCCCCCCCCUCCCCCGCCUCCCCCACUUCACUGAAUCAAGGUGCCAAGAGCAUCAGGACCAUCCACACUCCUAGCCUCACCAGCUACAAGGCACAGAAUGGAAGUUCAAGCAAAGCCACCCCAUCCACAGCAAAGGAAACCUCUUAAAGGCCAAAUCCUAUUAGGCACAAGUUGAAGUUGCAUUUAAAAAUUCAAAAAAAAUUUUAAUAGUCCUUAACAACUGUUUUCACCAGAGAAUGUAACAUAUUGCUGUACUAUUUGAGGCUUAAUGCUAAGUAUGUGCUAAAUAUUGGAGUAAUAGAUUUCAGUAAAGCUUGUUUUGUUUUUUACUUUGUUGCUGUUGUAAUUCCACAGUGUUCACCGUCUAUAUUCAAUACCUGUUAAAUGAAGUGAGCAUGUGUUACAGAAAGCAAGUGUGGCGAGAGCGAAGGGUGCGUGUGAGACAGGAGAAAGUGUAUUCGGCAUGUAAAACAUGUAUGAUUCCAAAAUUUUAGUAUGUUUUAUAUAAAAAUAUUUUUCAUUAUGGAGACUAGAAAUGAACAGAGAAAUACACAAGUGUGACUAUACAAAUUGUAAAACAGAUACUAUAAUAUUUCCUUUUAUUUUAGUGUUAUUUAGCUUUAUUACAGAUUUCUAUUUUUGUCAAAACUUCAUGGUUCCUUUCAAGAUCUUUUUUGCCAAAACAUUUUGAUACUAUAGCAUUGUACAUUUGAAAGUAGUAUGCUAGACAAUAAGCCAAUGAACUUCUGCGCCAGCCAACCCAGGGGCACAUAUAGAAAGCAAUUUAUCGAAACAAUUGCACUGCCAUGAAAAUUAUGCAUAAUAAUUUGCCAACCCAAACAAGCUAGUUUUCUUUGCAUUGCUUUCUAUUUUUUUUUUAAAAUCUAUUGGGAUUCUCUAGUUGUUUUCUUUGCAGUACGUCACCCCUUCCUUUGUUUUCUCAGACCUGGCGACUCACACCGUCUAACAUUGUGGAUUUUAAAGUGUACACUUCUGUACUGUUCUGUAAACUGAUAAAAUUUUGUAAAUAUAUAAAUAAACAUAAAAAUACUGUAUGUGACAGCACAGAGAGUAGUUUUCCCACACCAAAGUUAGUUUUUAUGCAUGCUUUAAAAAUAUAUAUUGGGAUGGGCAGAAAUGGAACUAUCCAUACCUUUUUAAAGAGCAACAAGUUUGCACAGCUAGAGUGUUUUUGUAAAUAACUGUAUUUGUAUAACACAGUCAUGUAAUAUACAGAACUAUAAGCAGAGACUUUGGAAAACUAAAUAAAGGGCUGCAUGCUUAUUAUUUUUUGUACCUUGUCACUGUAGCUACUUCCUAAUCAAAAAACAAAACAGAAUAAUAGCCAACUUAAAUGGUUUGGGCUUCGAGGGCAUUGUAAACAUGUAACCAGCCACAAACGGGUAUUCUGAAAGCUCUACUCUGAAAAUUCUGGGGCGGCUCAUGAUGAGUUCUCAGUGCAAGUGCGGUGCCUUCCAAUGUAACCUGCUGACUCUCUUCUCUCCUCUCCGGCUCAUCAAGGGUGUGGCUGGCAGAAAGCAAACCUGGGCACAGAGUUCACCCCUUCAUUUCACAGGGGGGCUCUUCCUACCUUCUCUUUCCUGUUUGAAUUCUAGUUGAAGUAAAGCAGAAAUAAAAUGUCUUUAUCACUAGGA